AGAUCAAACGCAUUAGAUUGCAUGAUAAGUUCAUUUUAGCUUACGUCUCGAAGCAGUUUACUUAAGUGAAAUAAAUACAGAAAAUAAUUUUGUCAGAUAAUUUGUUGAAAAUACUCGAACAUUAGCUUUCGUCGAAUAACGGUCACAGAGUGUGUUAACGUUUCUGAGUGGGUAGUUUUAUAAUAUUCAUCUCGCUAACAUGAGGCUUGGACUUCUUUUAGCUGCCUUGGCUUCUAUAAUGUGUGAAAACGGGUCAGCACAAAAUGUGAAUCUUGAAAAUUGGAUGAGAGAAUUGCCUGAGCAGUUAAAAAAUGUUCCUUUUAUAUAUCUGGCUAUUCCAGGUAGCCAUGAUUCAAUGACUUAUGGUAUCACAGAAUCAAGUGGGAUAGCUCCCGAUGCAGAGCCAAUUGUCAAGAAACUGUACCCAUUGUUCCGAGGUACGAUAUUACGUUGGACAAUAACACAAGCUAUAGAUACCUCGCAGCAACUGCUAAUUGGCAUUAGGUAUUUUGAUUUGAGGAUCGCAACAAAGACGGGGGAUGAUAAAUUUUAUUUUACCCAUGGAGUGUACGCAGAUGAAAUAACAACAGCUUUGCACCAAGUUAAAAGUUUUAUUGAUACACAUCCAGGCGAGGUGGUGAUAUUAGAUUGUCAACAUUUUUAUGGGUUCACAGCAAAUGACCAUCAGAGACUGAUGGGGUUAUUAUUACAUAUAUACGGUCAGCAGCUGGUGCCUCGACAAAUAGAUCUGCAAGACAUCACACUUCAUUCUUUGGCAAGAUUGAGACAACAGGUAGUGAUAGUGUACCGUCACCGGUCAGUAUACAGUACAGAUCAGUUCUGGCAGCCACAGAUGUUGCCGUCACCUUGGCCUCAGCAGGAGCGUGUCAGUGGUCUGCUCAACUUCCUGCAACAUGUGUGCCGACAUCCCGGCAUGGGUUUUGUGCACCAAGCUGUGUUGACACCCACCCCAGCGUUUAUACUUUUCAGAUGGAUAUCCACACUUCGUGAGAAAUGUGCAAUACCCGUAAAAGAUGAGGUUCUACCUAAGCUAAUAGAGGAUUUUGCACCAGGACCUCCGCUGGCUGUAACAGAUUCUCAGAAUUUGCAAUCUCAAGCGCCUGUGAACGUUGUAAUCGCUGACUUUGUUGAAAUGGACGAUGCCGUCUUCCCAAAGGCUAUUAUACAACUUAAUAUGAAACUUCUCAAAACUAUGGAUUCCGCAGAUAAAUUAUAGUUAAGAAUUUAUUUCCAGUCUCAGUAUUUCUACCUUGUACCUGCUUUUUUUAUUUUUAUAAUAUUAAUGGUAAGUGUUUUGUAUGUGCUAUUUUUUUAA